CAUAAUCACAUCGAUAAUAAAGAAGAAUAAAUAGAAUAGUGCAUUAAAGUUUGAGCACUAGUGAUAUCCUGAAACAGACUCCGCCAUUUUAUUCGCACCUGAAAAAACUUAUUUGAAGUACACCUGAACAAUUUAUAAGUGUAUAUGGUUCCCAAAAGUUUCAAAAAAUUGUCAUGAACUUAGUUCAAAAGAUGAAAAACACAUAUAUCUCAGGAUUAGUACUAUUGCUGAUUGCGAUAUCAACGAUAGAUGCACUGAAAUGUUACCAGUGUUCUUCUACAACUGACCCAGACUGUGGAGAGAGGUUUGAUCAUGACAAUGUGCAGGAUUUAACAAUCAAGUCUGAAGAAUGUGUCGUAGACUCUGCUCAAUAUUGUGUAAAAACUAUAGGAGUAUGGGGAGGUGUUGUGGGUACUCGUAGAUUCUGCAGCUCAAGAGAUAUGGGUAAUCAGUGCCAAUACAUCACCUAUGCAGAUCACGACAGAACAUACCGCGCCUGUAUAUACAGUUGCUAUGGAGACCAUUGCAAUAGUGCCACAUCUUCAAGCAUCAAUAAACUAUUCAUGAUUGCAACCAUAGUUACCGGAUUGUUAUGGCGCCUCUUAUAAUUUCACUAGGGUGGACUAUCGUGGUGUUCUGUAGGGUCUUCAUGUAUAUAUAAUUGAUGGUGUAUAAAUUUUGUACUAUAUACCAAUUAAGUCCAGAGCUUAAAUGUAUCUCAAAUUGACUAGAAUAAGUUAAUGCUAAUAGUCUUGUAUUGACAAGACAACCUUCUUGGGAAAGAGAAAAAUGGUGAAAUAUUUGCAUAUUUAUCAAUUUUGGUCAAAUUGCGAAACUGCGGAAUUUACACCAUCUUCAAGGAAAAAUGCUGAGAUCAAUGACAUAUCAAUCAGUUUGUUUUUAUUUUUUAUUUCUUUAUUCAUUCCAUGUUUCUAAUAAGUGCAUUAUAGAACAACAUGCAUUGUAAAUAUUCUAAUCAUUCCUAAGAAUCUGUGUAAAGAUGUUUCAAUCAUUCCAUAAUUUAUCAAGAAUAGUUCUACAAGUACAUGUAGCUACUUAAAUUGAUGCUUUCAAAAUAUAAAACAAAAUCAGAAUUUGAAUAUUGAUUUAAAAUUAACAAGUUAAAAUAGCCCGUUAAAAUCAUGUAUCUUUUCUGUAACAGAUUUAAUAAGUAUAUCAUGUAACAUAGACUAUAGACAUUAGCUUUUUAUCUCAUAUUUGUGUCCAUUAGAUCCCAUUAAUUGAGCUUGUAGUAGUAACUAUAUCCUAGUAUUAUGUAUAUUCUGAUAUUUUCUUAAAAGUAAAAUAAUAUUGUAAAAAAUUAUAAUCAUGUCCAAUAUUUUAUUACAAUAAUGUAAAUUUUGUAUAUUUACCUUCAAUUUUUAUCAAUAAAAAUAUUUUAUAAGAAUAGAAAAUGUUAU